AUGGACAGCAAUUUGACGAAAAUGAGCAAAGGCUGUUGGAAGUUCGACGAGGAGGAUCGAGGUGAGGAGUCUUAAAACAGGCAGGUUACUGAACAUUAAAUGUCAAAAGACAUAUUAAAACAAAUAAUUAUGUUAUAAUUGUAACAUUGCGAUUAUUUUUCUAACUAAUUACUAACUGUACAGCUAUAUGUUGCGUGCACGUCAUAUCUUUUUAAUAUUAAAACUACCGAUAACCACGACAUCAAAGAAAUCAAAAUGAGUGAAUGAAUUUGACUAUUUUAGUAGAUCUAGUGUUAAGGAACCUCCUUGGCAAAUGAAUUAAUGUUAGAAAUUCCGAAUAUAUUUAUAAUUAAUUACGAUCUCACGCCUUACCAAAAGAAUUAGACGAAUAUUAAUUUUAUAGCGUUGUACAUAGACAUUGAAGAAGAAGACACUGAGGAAGAUAAAAGAAAUAAAGUAUACAGCUUUUGGGAUCAAACGCCUGAUCUACUUUUAGAGGAAAUUUUUUCUUAUUUAACUAUCCGUGAAAGGUAUUACGCAUCUUUGGUAUGUAGGUCAUGGUAUCGUGCUUUUAAAUUACCAAGGGUAUGGUCUACCUUUACGUUGGAAGAUAAUACGCUUACUAGAGGCAAAUUUAAUUAUCACAGUGGUUGGCAAUAUGUCUUAGAUCACAUGAGAACUUCUACCUGUUUGAAUAAAAUUGGCAAAAAUAUUAGAUCUCUGGUUUUUGAACCUAUGUUGAAUUUCUAUAAUCUGUAUGAAUUCAUGAAUAUGAUAUCUUGGUAUACCGAAAGACAAGGAUCAGAUAAUACGUCAGUGGCAGGUGUUGGUACUCACAUUCAUCGGCUUAAGUUUACAUUUCCCUGUAAUAUGGCAAAUACAGAUGACCCUGAUAGUAUCAGGCUUUUUGGUACUGGUGGAAAAUUAUUAGAAGCAUUGAAAAGGUUGAUGCGUAAUUUACGCAAUUUGAGAUGUUUAGAAUUGAUAGACCUCAUGUUAGAUAGCAAAGAAGCUUUACAUUUAAUGGAUGAUAUCUGUGCCAAUUGUACGCAAACAUUGACAAAAUUGGUCCUAAUUAAUACCACAAGAUAUUAUUGUCCUCUUCUACAUGUAGGAGUAUUUAUUAACUUAAAUGUAUUAGUUAUUAGUCCUCAGAAUCUUCAUGAAGAUGUGAUAGAUUUAAUUGGUUAUACUAAAUUGGAACAUCUUCAUAUUUUCCAAAAUCGCUAUAGUCAAAAAGAUACCACAGUGAGAUUGCCUUCAAGAAAAUCGUGGAUAAAAAUGAGAAAAAACAAUCCACACAUUAAAGUUCAUUUUGAAGUGGAAAGUCAUAAACCUACAGAUAUACUUUUGCCUAUUGAUUUGUUAGAACAUGGGAAUAUUCCGUGUCACAGUAUUGUUUUAGAUACCCCAAAUACACAGAUUUCGCCUUCAACUAUUCUUAAUCACGGAACAUUUUUCGAAUCGACAAUAAGAGUAUAUGCGUUCAAAGGUCUAACCAGAUAUUUCGCGCCUAGAAAUUUUUCACAAAGAUUGGACGAAGCAAUAGUACAAUUUUGCAAAAUGUGUCCGAAUCUUCAUACACUGAUGAUACGAGAUAAAAUUUCAACUGCCACGAUAUUGGAAAUCGUGUCUACGGCAAAGAAUUUACGUUGCUUAUAUGUCCGGAGAUAUUCGGUUCUAAAGAAAUGUGAUGGGGAUUGGUUAAAAAUUAUGAAUUGGUCACCAGCACAUUAUCAAUGGAUUAAAAAGAAUAGUUGUAGUUAUGCAAGUACAGAAAGGGAAGUAUCUAAAAUAUUGAACUACAGGUGGUAUAUGUUAACUGAAAGAGAAUUUAGAGAUCAAAUGUCGUCUUCUGAUUCAGUGAUACUGGUAAAACUUUGUUACCAAGAUGAAAAAUUUCGCGCAGGAGAUGAUUUUCUGCAAGAUGAAUAUUUAUACCCGGACCAAGCAAUCUACAACACGCGUUGUACUGAGUUCGUGCACACCAUCCUUCCAAAUAUAGGAUUUCUUGGCCAAAUUUUACAUGCAUUUCUGGUACAAUGUCCUCCUAAUAAACAUUACAGAUAUUAUCAGUAGAACAUGGUUGUGUGUAUCGAUAUGCGAGUAAUAUUCGAAUAUCUACAUUACGAAACGCACCUCUAUGUAGCGAAGUAUAUCUCUGAAAUUAGCUCUCUGUUGCUUACGAUCUUUUUUUGCUCUGUACUUAUUCGAAUCCGUAGCCAGAUCUUUUAAUAUCUCGAUUAAAUCCAAUGACCAAUCUUGCUCAUAGUCGUCAGAAAAAUCACGACCAAGCUCGAAUAUUAUAGCUAGAGCCUCUCCAGCCGACAACCUUAUGUCCAAAUGUGGUGAUUUCAAUAACUCGCGCAAUUUAUUCAAGGACCUGCGAUGAAAACAGUUAAUUUUAAUAUUUUAUUCUAAUUAAUUUUUGAAGAUACUUACGGCAUGUAG